AUGGAACAGCAGCAGCCAGGAGGAGGCUACCAGCCGCCGAUGGAGCCAUCGUCCUCCCAUGCGUACAUCCCCAUGCAUGAAGGGACGCCGACGUCGUCGACGACGUCCUUCAGCCACGCGGAGCCGACCUCGAUAGAGCCGUCGCCCAUCAGCCGGCCAAGCUACUCGUGGAACGAAGGCGCGGCCGAAGGCCACCACGCGUCGGCGCCGACGGGGCAGCCCCAGGACUACCCGCCGAUGCAAGUGCCCACGCUGCCAAUGGCGUCGCUGCAGGUGCCCAACCAGCUUCCCGGCAUGCAGAUGCCCAUGGGGUACAUGCCGUCCAUGGCGAACGGUGGCGCGAUGCCCAACCCGAUGAUGGGCAUGCCGAUGCGCAACCCGAUGGCCGACCCGAUGCACAUGGGCGCCCAGUCCAUGUUUCCGCAACAACAGAUGCACCACCAAGCCGGCGGCGGCAUGCACUACGCCAACAUGGGCCACCCGACGCCGUACGGGCAGCUCCCGCAGAUCCAACACCCGCACAUGGCGAUGAACAAUGCGCCGCCGAUGCGCGCACCGAUGCCGUACGGCGCCUCGUACGAGUUUGAAGUCACGCUCCAGAAAGGCUCGUACGGUCUCUGCAUGAACAUGGGCGUCAAGCUCGGCAGCAUCUCGGUGCUCGGCUUUCGCCAGCCCCAACCCGGCGUCAUGGGGCCGGCCGAGAUGUGCGGGAUGAUCCACGUCGGCGAUGACCUCGUCGCGGUCGAUGGCAUCGUGCUCCAGACGGCCGACGACUUCAAGAAGGUCGUGCCUCUUCUCAAGUCGGAAGCCCCCGCGACGCUGCGCUUCCGGCGCCACAACCGCCCCGAAGGGGCAGGCUACUACAACGACGUGAUUCCGAACGGGACAGGCACGUCGGGCAAGGUGUAUGCGCCUGGUGAGGCGUACUUGGGCGUGCGCUACCACGGUCCGAACCGGUGGUCGGCCGAGGUCAAGUCGGCGCAGAACCACAUCCAGAGCCUCGGCGAGUACCAGAGCGAGUACCUCGCGGCGCAGGCGUACAACACGUACAUUUACCGGACGUACGGCCAGGGCGCGCUCAAGUUUAUGCACCCCGCGUGCCGCAGCCAGGCGCAGAUGGCGAUGACGCCGGCGCAGAUGCAGCAGAUGCACGUCAUGAAGCAGCAGCCGCCCGUGCGCAAGACGAUCCUGCACGCCAUGUUUACGGUCGAGCAGAAGGAGCAGCUGCGGUCGCAGAUCAUGGUCUUCAAGUUUAGCACCAGCGGCAACGGCAUCCCGAACGAGCUCCUUAGCAUUGCGCUCAAGGGCGCGAUGCCGCUCGACUUUAACAUCCAGCCCAAGGACCGGUCGCGCAAGAAGACGUUCAACGACGAGCAACCACCGCGCCAGAACAAAAGGCCGAAGCACGACGACUCGGACGACGACGACGACGACGGCGGCGACGACGAUGGCGACGGCAACUUUGAGCCCAAGAAGGUCAUUCCGCCCAUGGACGUGCGUCGGUCGCGCCGCAAUGCGGGCAAGGAGACCAAGCGCUACAGUGAGGUGGCCGAGAACGAUGGCGAGGAAGAGGACGUCGAGGCCGAGAAGCGCAAGCGCGAAGAAGCCGCGCAGAAGGAAGAAGACGACAAGCACGCGAUGGACAAGAUUGUCGGCAUGCGCUUUUGCGACGACCCUGCCAACGGCUUGGUGCAGACGAUGGAGUUUUUGAUCAAGUGGAAGAAGGCCUCGUACAUGCACACGACGUGGAUGACGACCGCCGACAUGGAGGCCCACGGCAAGGGCGCGGUCUUGCGCAUGCGCCGGUACCUCCAAAAGCACGCCCGCGAGGUCGAGCUCGCGCGCCUCAACCCGACCGACCGGCGCGAAGAAAACUCGACGUACUUUCCGUCAGCGUACCUCGAGAUCGACCGGAUUCUCGACAUGAUGCCGAACGUGUCGGAGCCCGUGCUGAACGCGAUGGGCGAGACGGUGCUGCGUCACGGCAACAAGUUUCUCAUCAAGUGGCGCGACCUCUCGUACGCCGACUGCACGUGGGAGUGGGCCGAGGACGUCACGGACGACCGCAAGAUUGCGACCUUUCACCGCUACAACCACCCGCCGAUGGUCGACAAUGCGCCGCGGUCGUUCUUUGAAGACGUGCGCCCGCCGCCGAGCGACUGGGCCAAGUACCAAGAGACGCCCAAGUACAACGACGCCAACACGCUUCGCUCGUACCAGCUCGAAGGGCUCAACUGGAUGGUGUUUUGCUGGUACAACCGGCGCAACUGCAUCCUCGCCGACGAGAUGGGUCUCGGCAAGACGAUCCAAGCCACCGUCAUGCUCGAGCACCUCCGGCAGCACGAGCACAUUCGCGGACCGUUCCUCGUCGUCGCGCCGCUCGCGACGCUCGGCAACUGGAAGCGCGAGAUUGAGUCGUGGACGAGCAUGAACUGCGUCGUAUACCACGACUCGGAGGGCGGCUCGGAGACGCGUGCGUUCAUUCGCCAGCACGAGUUUUACUACCGGCAGAACGACGCGUACCGGCGCCGGGGCAUCUACAAGUUCAACGUCAUGGUCACGAGCUACCAGACGCUCAUGGCGGACGCCGAGUUCCUCCAGGACAUCCACUGGCGCUACAUUGUCAUUGACGAAGCCCACAAGCUCAAGAACCGCGAUGCGAAGCUGCUCGCGUCGCUGCGCCAGUUUACGUGGGACUCGUGCCUCCUCAUGACGGGCACGCCGCUCCAGAACGGCGUCUUUGAGCUCUGGUGCCUCCUCAACUUUAUCGAGCCCGAGAAGUUUCCGAGCCAGAAGCUCUUUUACGAGCUCUAUGGCGAGCUCAACACGGCCGAGCAGGUCGCGUCGCUCCACGAGCAGCUGCGCCCGUACAUGCUCCGCCGUGUGAAGGAGGACGUCGAGAAGAGCAUUCCGCCGAAAGAAGAGACGAUCAUUGACGUCGAGCUCACGACGAUGCAGAAGAAGUACUACCGCGCCAUCUUUGAGCGCAACCGCGCGUAUUUGAACCAAGGCUCGAACAUUGCGGUCGCCAACUUGAUGAACGUCGAGAUGGAGCUGCGCAAGUGCUGCAACCACCCGUUCUUGAUCCGCGGCGUCGAGCAGAAGGAGCUCGCGCACGUGACGACGCAGCACGAGCACACGCGAUUGAUGAUCCAAGCCAGCGGCAAGCUCGUGCUCCUCGAGAAGAUGCUCGCCAAGUUCCGCGCGGAGAAGAAGAAGAUCAUGCUCGACAUCCUCGAAGACUUUUUCAACACGCGCCAGUAUACGUUUGAGCGCCUCGACGGCGCGCUCCUCGGCAACGCGCGCCAGGCCGCCAUCGAUCGCUUCAACGACGUCGAGUCGGACACGUUUGUGUUCCUUCUGAGCACGCGCGCGGGCGGCGUCGGUAUCAACUUGAUUGCUGCCUCGAUCGUCGUGCUCUUUGACAGCGACUGGAACCCGCAGAACGACUUGCAGGCCGUCGCGCGCUGCCACCGCAUUGGGCAGACGCAGGCCGUUCGCAUUUACCGGCUCGUGACGAAGAAGACGUACGAGGCGCAGAUGUUUGAGAUUGCGUCCAAGAAGCUCGGGAUGCACCACGCGGUGUUUGAGACGGGCGGCGUGCGCAAGGACUUUGACGGGAGCGACGACAGCAACAUGAUGUCCCUCAUGAGCCUCGACAAGGAGAAGGUCGAGAUGAUGAUCCGGUACGGCGCGUACGCGAUCAUGAACAACGACGAGGAAGAUCCGGAGAACGUCAAGAUCAACGAACUCGACAUUGACCACCUCUUGAGCUCGUCGCGCACGAUCCGGUACGACCCCGCGACCGGCAACACGUCCGAGGAGAAUGGUCCGGCCGCGCUCUCGUUCUCGAAAGCGAGCUUCACGGCCGAGACGUCCGACUCGACGAUCGACUUCAACGACGGCGACUUUUGGGAAAAGGUCCUCGGGCCCAAGCAAGUCCAAGUGCUCGCGUCGCAGGUCGAGAACGGGUCGCUCAUGAACGCGGACGUGGAGACGAUCAAGGCGUUUUUGACGACGCUCCGAGAGCUCUCGCGGCAGCUCGUGAAGGAGCGCCAGAAGGGCGGUCAAGUCGCAGACGCGGACCAGAUCCUCUCGAUCUUGAUUGAGCUCAAGGUGCGUGGUCCGCUCUCGAAAGCGGUCAACGUGCGCUCGAUCGCGGCCGAUUGGCUCGAGGUCAUUGAGCGUCCGAAGCGCCGGCGCAACCAAGAGGUCGAGAGCGCGCUCAUGUACCAUCCGUUUUUGGACGGUGACGACGACGACGACGCGCCGAUCGAGGCCUCGAAGAAGGGCAAAAAGGGCAAAAAGUCGACCAAGUCGGCGCCGGUCAGUCGCCACCGCAAGUCGUCGCACACCAAGGAAGACAAGAGCGGCAUUGUGGUGUCGAUGCAAAAGCUAACGCGCCACGAGUACAAGGUCGUCAAGGUGCACAGCCGCAUUCGUAGUGUCAACGACCGCAUCCGCCUCGAAGACAGCGAGGACGACAGCGACGGCUCGAGCGAGUCUGGCGGUGACGAGCCCAUGGACGAGGACGAGGACAUGGACGAAGACAUGGACGACGACAUGGACGAGGACGCGGACGAAGAGGACGAAGACGACUACGACGACCGCAAGCCCAAGAAGCGGCGAAUCAGUCGCAAGGGCCACCCGAACGCGGUCGCGACGGGACUUGCCGCCAAGCGCGGCCGCCCGCGAAAGAGCAAGUCCAAGGCGGACGACGAGUCGGACGUCACGACGACGACGACGACGACGCCAGUCGUGGUCGCGCCGGCCGAGCCCAAGGGCGAAGGCAUGGAAGAGAUGUGGUGUCGUGUGUGCUACAACGAUCAGGGCUACGACGACGACCCGAUCGUACAGUGUGAAAAGUGCCAUUGCGCCGUCCACAAGUUUUGUUAUGGGAUUGAGCGCGUCCCCGAGGGCGACCUGCCGUGGUACUGCGACCUCUGCCACGCCCACAUGGACGCCACCGAGGUGCCCAAGUCGUGCAUCAUGUGCCCGCUGCAGCUGCCCGAGACUGCGUUCAAAGAGACGGUCGACGGGCAAUGGGUCCACGUGGUCUGCGCGCUCUGGGCGCCGGGCGUUCAGUUUGAGGACACGGCCAACAUGCGCGGUCUCCAGAACGUCCGCGAAACCAUGGACGCGAUGGACGACGAGCAAAAGGCCGCCACGUGCAUCCUCUGCAACGAGCCCAAGGGCUGCAUCAAGUGCUCGCGCAACGCGUGCAGCACGUACUUUCACCCGCUCUGCGGCCGCCAGACCCGCGGCGUCUACGACAUGUACAUGAACGACACGGGGAGCCUCCGGUCCUUUUGCGAAGAGCACCGGCCCAAGAACCGGCCCAAGGUCGUCCGAGGCGACGCUGCUAGCUAA